AUGAUGCGACGACUCUCGUUGCGAACGACCUUAAGCCUUGUCGUCCUGCCGCUCGCUGCGGCCAUCUACAUCAAUGGCUCUGUCAUCGCUCCGUGCGACUCGCCCCUGUAUUGUUAUGGUGAAGUCCUUAAAGCCAUUGAACUCGCGCGGCCGUUUGUUGACUCGAAAACCUUUGUCGACAUGCCGACGAUUAAGCCCCUCGAAGAAGUGCUCGCCGCCUUCCAGUCUUUGCCCCAUCCCCUAUCCAACUCUUCAGAACUCCAAGCUUUCCUUGCCGAGUACUUCGCCCCAGCAGGCGGAGAACUCGAAGAGGUUCCUCGGUCCGAGCUCACGACGGAGCCAACUUUCCUCACCAAGGUCUCUGACCCCGUCAUUCGCGAGUUCACAGGCAAAGUAAUCGACAUCUGGCCAGAUCUAACCCGCCGAUAUGCCGGGCCAGGUGCAGGCAACUGCAGCACUUGCGCCAACAGCUUCAUCCCUGUGAACCGGACCUUCGUCGUGGCGGGAGGCAGAUUUCGUGAGCCGUAUUAUUGGGAUUCAUACUGGAUCAUUGAGGGCCUGCUGCGUACGGGCGGCAGCUUCGUCCAAAUUGCGAGGAAUAUUAUCGAGAACUUUUUGGAUCUGGUGGAGACUAUCGGGUUUGUGCCGAAUGGAGCUAGGGUGUAUUAUCUCAACAGGUCGCAGCCGCCGUUACUGACGCUCAUGGUUAAGACGUACGUCGACUACACAAAUGAUACGUCUUUGCUGGAUCGGGCUGUGCCACUGCUGCUGAGGGAGUAUACUUUUUGGACGACGAACCGCAGCGUUGAGGUCCCUGCGCCGAAUGGCAAGACGUACACGCUGCAUCGUUAUGCGGUCAACAACAACCAGCCAAGGCCCGAGUCCUUUAGGGAGGACUGGAUCACGGCGAACAACGAGUCGUACUAUGCCAACAGCGGCAUCAUCUACCCCGUGCACAAGCCACUUACUGAUGUCGAGAAGGCCACGCUCUACGCCAAUCUUGCCAGUGGUGCCGAGUCGGGAUGGGAUUACUCCUCUCGCUGGCUGCGUACCCCCUCUGACGCAGCGCGCGACGUCUACUUCCCCCUGCGCUCGCUCAACGUGCGCGAACUAGUCCCCGUCGACCUGAACUCAAUACUCUACCAGAACGAAAUCAUCCUCUCUGAGUUCCUGCACCAGACCGGCAAUGCCACAGGCGCAGAACACUUCGCCUCCCUAGCCCGCGCCCGCUCCGAGGCAAUGUAUACGCUCAUGUGGAACCACACACACUGGUCCUACUUCGACUACAAUCUGACCUCCUCCAGCCAGCACAUCUUCUCCCCCGUCGAUGACGACACAACCCCCGAAGAACAACAGGGCGUCCAAUCCCGCAAGCAUCAACAGGUGCUGUUCACCCCGGCCCAGCUCUACCCCUUCUGGACGGGCGCAGCCCCCAUCCAUCUCAAAAACAACCCCCUCGCCGUGCUGAAUGCGUUCUCCCGCGUCACACAUCUACUCAACCUGAACCCUGGAGCUGUCCCAGCAUCCAACUAUCUAUCGGGCCAACAAUGGGACGAGCCCAACGUCUGGCCGCCCCUCCAACACAUUCUCAUCUCCGCGCUGCUCUCCACACCGGCAACCUUUGGUCCCUCGGACCCAUCCUACCUCGCUGUGCGACAACUCGCUCUUCGCCUAGCCCAACGAUACCUCGACUCGACAUUCUGCACGUGGUGGGCCACAGGCGGAUCGACCUCCGAGACGCCUCGGAUCGAAGGGCUGAGCGAGGAUAAGCAGGGCGUUAUGUUCGAGAAGUAUUCGGAUGACAAGACGAGUGUGGCGGGCGGCGGGGGUGAAUAUGAGGUUGUGGAGGGGUUUGGGUGGACAAAUGGGGUGUUAAUUUGGGUUGUGGAGCGGUUUGGGACGGGAUUUAUGGGGGAGCUGGAGUUGAAGAGGCCGGUUUGUGACUUCCAGUGGGAUGAAUGGGGAGGGAAGAGACCUGAGGGAAGGAGGAAGAGGCAUGCGGCUUUGGGGGAAAAGGGACGGAUUGCGAAGGGGAGGGAGCCGAGGAGUGCGGUUGAGCUGGAUAAGUGGGAUGCUAAGUGGGUAAAGAAGUUUGGGAGAGGGAGAAAAGUAAGAAGUAAUGAGGAGUAA